AUGUUUGGAAACAUUCCAGGUACCAACAAUGCUCCAACCUAACAAUAAGGCAACCUAACUUCUUCAAUUUUCAACAACCCUGCACCUACCAAUAACUUAUUUGGUCAGAAUCAAAAUCCCUUAGGGUAAUAGUAACAACCAUAAGGAAUAUUCGGAUAACCACAAUAGACCAAUACCUUCGGAAACAACUAAUAAUCAACUGGAAUAUUUGGACAGCAAUAAUAACAAUAAUAGCCACUUUUAGGAUAAUAGUAAUAAACUUUAUUAACAGGAUAAUAGCCAUAAACAAAUUCAUUAUUAGGACAACCGCAAUAAUAAAUACCACAAUUAGGACAGACCUAAUAACCCAAUUUACUUGGAUAACCUCAAUAAUAACAACCCUUAGGUUUAGGAUAAUAACCAUAACAAACUCCAUCAACUGCAUAAUAGCAACCUGCAUAACCAAAAAACUACACAUUAAAUUAAAUUAAUUAACAAACUAAAAUACAUAUUGAAAACUUGACUAAAGCAAUAGCAAACAAAGAGGAGAUAGAGAAAAAUUAAAAGAAUUUGUAACUAAUUGAGAAAAACUCAUUGAAGAAUAUCUAGCAAUAAUAAUAGCCAGCUACUACACUUGGAAUCAAUUCAAAUCCAUAAUAAUUGCAAAGAACUUUGGUGAAAGGGGAUCGCAGAAAUCAUACAUAGAAGGUUGAAAACUAUUAUAAUGAAUGGAAUAAAGUAUUUUUGAAUAUCAGCAAAAAAUAAGACGAAACUCAUGCCUAAUUAAUUGCCCUUGUCGAUUAACUUACUUAACAGGAUACAUCUUUUGAAAUAGAUGAAGAAUCACUCAUUGACUCCAUUAAAUAAUUGGGCAAGGAAUUGGAUGGCUUGGAACGUAAAAUCAAUUACGUAGUUAAAAUACAAGAGAAAAUCCUAGGGUUGGAAAAGGAAGAGUCUGAAUGGGAUCAGAUAGUCAAUAAUUUAAGCGAAUGUUUGUUGCACUUAGAUUAAUAAACUAAAGACGUGGAAGAUUUAUUGCUAUAAGCAAAAAAGCAUCCUAAGGUACAAAAUAAAUGA